AUGGUGUCCCGAAAGCGCCUCGCCCUCGGCGCGGGCCUCCUCCUCGGCGCCGUUGCCGACGCCCAGACGUACAAGAUUGACACGCCAGACAACAUCCGGCAGUCCGCCCGCACCCUCGCCUACGACCUCAUGCUCUUCUACCCCGGCAACAAGACGGGCGGCAUCCCCGGCACGCUGCCCGGCCCUCCCCCCGCUGGGCCGUACUACUGGUGGGAGGGCGGCGCCAUGAUGGGCACCUACAUCGACUACUGGCGCUGGACCGGCGACGCGAGCUACAACCACGUCGUCAUGGAGGGCAUGCUGCACCAGGUCGGCGACAACCGCAACUACAUGCCCGCCAACCACACCGCCUCGUUGGGCAACGAUGACCAGGGCUUCUGGGGCAUGUCGGCCAUGCUCGCCGCCGAGAACAAGUUCCCCAACCCCCCGGACGACCAGCCGCAGUGGCUCGCCCUCGCCCAGGCCGUCUGGCACACCAUGGCCGACCCGAGCCGCCACGACACGACAUGCAACGGCGGCCUGCGCUGGCAGAUUCCCUUUUCCAACGCGGGCUACAACUACAAGAACACCAUCGCAAACGGCUGCUUCUUCAACAUCGGUGCCCGCCUGGCGCGCUACACCGGCAACGAGACGUACGCUGACUGGGCCGACAAGACGUGGGACUGGCUCUGGAACGUCAACUACAUCGACCACGACAGCUGGCACGUCUACGACGGCGCCCACGUCGAGGCCAACUGCACCGACAUCAACAAGGCCACCUUUUCCUACAACGCCGGCGUCAUGCUGCAGGGCGCCGCUUUCAUGUACAACUACACUAACGGCGACACCAAGUGGAAGGGCCGCGUCGACAAGCUCAUCGAGUCGACGUUCAAGAUCUUCUUCCCCAAGGACAUUGCCUACGAAGUGCCCUGCGAGGGCCGCAAGGGCGCCUGCUCGCCUGACAUGCUUUCCUUCAAGGGCUACGUCCACCGCUGGCUCUCCGUCGUCACGCAGGUGGCUCCCUACACGCGCGACAAGAUCCUGCCCACGCUGCGCAAGUCGGCCGAGGCGGCGGUCAAGCAGUGCACGGGCGGCGAGAGCGGCCGCGCCUGUGGCUUCUACUGGAGCGGCGGCUCAUACGUCGACCCGGCUGUCGAUAAGACGACCGGCGCCGGCGAGGCCAUGAACGUGCUCGCCGCCGUCUCGGCCCUGCUCAUCGACGAGGCGCCCUCGCCCGUCACCAACUCAACCGGCGGCAUCAGCAAGGGCAACCCCAACGCCGGCGGCGGCGGCGCUGACAACGGCGAGAAGCCCCCCAAGCCCAUCACAACGGCAGACCGGGCCGGCGCGGGCAUCCUGACAUUUUUGCUUGUCGGUGGGUCAUUGGGGACGUUUGUCUGGAUGAGCAUGUUUGACUAG